UGUCUUGGCUAAAUGUAAACAAAAAUGUUAUUGACACCAAAUGUAAACAAAAGUUGUUGUCUUGGUUAAAUUAAAAAAGGUUGUGAACUUUAAUUAAUAUGCCAUUUACCUCAUAAAAUGUAAACAGGCGUGAAGUAAGCUCGGGGCCGUUUUCGUAACCUACUUAUACUAAAUUUUAUGUAUGUGCCUAAAUUUCCCCUUCCUUUCAGCUUGAACGUUGUGAUAGGCGAGAUCUGAAAAUACUCAGCUUAACAGGUUUUCAAGAUUACCGCUUCUUUUUCUCAAAAAAUCUCUUAACAGUUUUUUUAAAUUCAUAGCGAGGAUACAAAUUUUUAAACAUAUACAUAUGUAUACGUAAUAUACCUCAACUUCUUCAACAUAGGUGUAUGAAAAAACCGUAGCUAUUUAUUUCAUAAUACUUUGUUUACCCAUUAGCAAACUCCGUUCAUAACAACAACAAAGUGUCGUUGUUAUUCACUAGCGGAAAAUUUUAUCAUUUUCACCGUAUCAGCGGUUUCAUUAUUGCGAGUUUUCUAAACCAAUUAAUACAAAUGAAGAAUAACUCGUUUUCAAAACUAACAGCAUUGUCGAACUAUACAAUUGAUUACUACUCAAAAGCAAUCUGCAUACACAAGUGUUUCUGGGUAGUCAAUAGUGAUUGACUUUGCUUGCCGAGUAACCAAGCGAAGAAAUAUGAUAAUUCAAGUAACAGUACAUCAUACCUUAUAAUUUUAACGGCACAUAAAUCGAAAAAUAUGCCGGAAAUGUAAAAGGGAACCUUCUGAGUGGAAAUUUUUUUACAUAAUCUUGAAAAAAUCUCCUCGAAGAUUAUUAUCUUAUUGCAUUGAGGGAAUUAGUAAGGCCAAUGAUCUUGAGAGUAAUGACGGCGGUAGCUUAGCUACUGGCAGGGCAUCCCAAAUCUGUAAGGCCGAAUGUGAGCACCGAAGCUACCACAAAUCAAACCACAUAACACAAUGCUUCUGCACGAUAUGUCGUAGCGUCUGUUUCACAUGAUAGUGACGACUACAGCGGGCGUCGGUCUUGGAGCAAGCGGCUUGGGUUAUAAACGCAUUAUAAACAUGUACAUUUAUGACAGGUUCUUAGGUCAAGGUGGCAGUCAUACCAACGAAAUAGGAAACCCAUCUUUCUGCUGAUACUUGAUUAAUGAAACCAUAUUGACCCUAAGCUCCAACCGGAGUUAGAGUAAAUAAUAUAUAUUUUGGAAAACGAUUCCACUGUAGUGACAGUGAACUUAAUUAACAAGCAAUGACGAGAGGAAUCUGCAUGCUAUCGGCAAAUUAUUUUUUCUCUUUAUCCUGAAGCCUUCUUUGGAGAUCCCUGUAAUGUAAAUAAUUAUGUCACUCCACUUAACAAACGUAUUUACUAGUAGUAUAUUAUAUUUUCAAGACUGAUGAAUCGAACUAAGGUCGGAAGUCACUUCGUAAGUAUUGUAGUAUUCUCUUCGGUUUUGAGACCGCGCUGACUUUUUCAGUAACACAUACUUAUGCUAUAUAAGUACCUUAAAAUUGAAUGAGUAGCCUUAAAAGCUUUUCCUAUUCAAAGCCAAGAACAACUCUUUGUAUCAUCUCUUUUAUUAGUGAUCUCACAAUCAUAGUUCUUCAGCCCAAUAUAUAAUCGUAGGUAUCUCUAAACUACAUUACAACUUAUCCUAGUGAUAGAUCGCUUUAAAAAGCAAAAGUUAUGCGUAGUAAUUUGAGCUGUGUCGGCUCUUCAAUGAAUUCUCAAUUGAUGAAUGAUUUCUGAUUAGCAACCGAUAACCGUUUAGUUAAAGCCAAAUAGAUUCAGCAUGCACAACUGCAUUAUUCACUGCCUACAACUACACUAUAAACUCACUGACAAUUUAUAAACUAAUCUAACAGAAUUUCUAUAAAAGAGGCGUCUUCAAAAGCGACGCUAAGUAGUUUUCGUUUCAUAUUCUAUAGAAGAGAACUUCGUAAGUUUUGUUUACAUAUUAUAACACCGCCUAGUAGACGUUAUCAACUGCAACAAUGUAUCGGAGCAAAGCGCCUAUCUGCUUGGCAGUAAUCUUGGCAAUAUCGUGCCAAACUAUCAAUGCUCAAUUUGAUCCGAACUAUGUGGGAGGAAGGACUACUAUGGUGCAUCUUUUCGAGUGGAAGUGGGAUGAUAUCGCUGUAGAAUGUGAAAACUUUUUGGGCCCCAAAGGCUAUGGCGGUGUUCAGGUUUCACCAGUAAAUGAGAAUGUCGUUGUGGGCAAUCGUCCGUGGUGGGAACGUUACCAACCCAUCUCAUACCUACUGACCACACGUUCGGGCAACGAACAACAAUUUGCGAAUAUGGUGAAGCGCUGCAACAAUGCCGGUGUUCGAAUCUUUGUAGAUGUCGUAUUCAACCAUAUGGCCGCCGAUAAUGUUAAUGCGCAUGGUACUGGUGGUUCAAAGGCCGAUCCGAGUAAUAAAAGCUUCCCCGCUGUGCCUUAUUCGAACACAGAUUUCCACGCCACAUGCACAAUUAAUGACUACAAUAAUAAGUACGAGGUGCGUAACUGUGAACUCGCCGGUUUGAAGGACUUGGAUCAAAGCAAAUCAUGGGUGCAAGAUCGUGUAGUCGAUUUUCUCAACAAACUUGUUAGUCUGGGUGUAGCUGGUUUCCGUGUGGAUGCUGCCAAGCAUAUGUGGCCGGCUGAUCUCGAGGUAAUCUACAAUCGUGUUAGUAAUUUAAACGCUGAACAUGGUUUCCCUACCGGUACGCGUCCUUUCAUAUUCCAAGAAGUUAUAGAUUUAGGUGGUGAGGCCAUUUCCAAAAAUGAAUACACCAACAUGGGUGUAGUCACCGAAUUCGCACACUCCAAUUCGAUCGGUAAAGUAUUUCGUGGCAAGGAUCAGCUGCGUUGGCUGAUCAACUGGGGUCCAGAGUGGAGUUUUCUCAACUCGGAUCGGGCAUUGGUUUUCGUAGAUAACCACGACAAUCAACGUGGACAUGGCGCUGGUGGUGCGGAUAUACUCAACUAUAAGACAGCAAAGCAAUAUAAAAUGGCCAGUGCUUUCAUGUUGGCUCAUCCAUUUGGCAUUACGCGUGUCAUGUCUUCGUUUGCAUUCGACAACACCGAUCAAGGUCCACCAACAACCAACGGUAAUAACAUUGCUACACCCAUAUUCAAUGCGGAUAAUUCCUGUGGCGGUGGCUGGGUAUGUGAACAUCGUUGGCGUCAAAUUUACAACAUGGUUGGCUUCAGGAACAUCGUGGCUGGUACUAAUGUGCAGAACUGGUGGGACAAUGGCAGCAACCAGAUCAGCUUCUGUCGGGGCAACAAAGGCUUCGUGGCAAUUAAUGGAGACUCUUAUGAACUUAAUACUGCGCUGCAGACCUGCUUGCCAGCUGGCACUUAUUGUGAUAUCAUUUCUGGCGACAAAUCAGACUCUAAUAAUUGCUCUGGCAAGCGUGUUGUUGUCGGCUCGGAUGGACGCGCUAACAUUUCUAUCGGUCAAAAUGAAGAAGACGGCAUGCUAGCUAUACAUAUUGAGUCCAAAUUGUGAAUAUGUACUAAUUUGACUAUAUUUACGAAAUCAUUAUGCGAAAUUUAAAACAAUAAAUGGUUGAAAUAUAUUACAUAA